ACGUGGGCCGGUGGGGUAAAGUUACCUCUCCUCACUUCUGCCUUUUGCUUGGAUCACUGCAGCGGUCCCAGUGGUCAGUCUAAUUCUGUCUGAGCUGGUCGGGUGGAGGAGGGGGAUUGCUGUAUCUGCAAUCCCAGGCCCAACCUGCCAAAGGGCAAAGACACCGACUGUCUAAACUUGGUCUCUGUCACUCUGUCUCUCCAGCCUUUUCCUCUCCUGUAGAAUUAAAGACAAACGUUAGAAAAUAUCUGGACUUUUUGUCCGUCUGAUAAAAGAAAGGAAGUUCUAAUUUACAAAGAAGAGUCUUGUCUUGGCUUAAGAGUUUUUCACGCUGGAAUACCUGGUAGGAUUAAAUCGUUCAGAGGAGUGAGGAAAAUCCCGAUGUUUUAUCUUCAUGGAAACAUAAUCUGCCGAAGGAUUGCCUUUUCACAAGGAUUUUAAUUCUGGAAGUAUGACUGAAGCAGCUGAAGCUCGAUCGUCAGUGACAACCACCAUGGUCAUUGACGGGAAGGCCGGAGAGGCCGGCUCGACGACUCUCCGGUCGUCAAAGAAAAUGUUUACAGACGACCUCUACUCUACGUUCAGCUCCCCUCUGGCCUGGAUCCUGGUUCUGGCACUAAUCAUCACCUGGACAUGCGUGUUCAUUAUUAUGUUUGAUGUGGCCGACUAUAAGACCAUUGCAGAUCGCCCUCCUGCUGGGAUCAGGAAGGUUUUAAAGAGUUCAGGGCGCAGAGGAGGUCUCAGUAAGUUCGGUUCAGAUCCUGUGAAGGUGGUGAACGAUGCCGUGGACGAAUCAACAAACAUUAUUAGCGCCAUGUUCAGUUUCGCUGCAAACCUCAUUGCUCCAGACGAAGAAGAAGGAAUGCUGUAUGCGGUGAGGAAAAAAGGAGAAUUUUUACCGCCAAGAAGUAAAGUUAUAGGAAUGCAAGUUCAGACAAAACUAGAAAAGGCAGAAGAAGCAGCAAAGGAAGAGGAAGAAGAGGCCUCUGAGGGGGAGGAAGAGGAUGAAGAUGAAAUAGAGGAAGAGGAGGAGGAAGAAAUAGAGGAGGAGGAGGAAGAGGAGGAGGAGUAUGAUGAGGAAGGGGAAUAUGAAGAGGAUUAUGAUGAGGAGUAUGAGUAUGAGGAGGAAUAUGAGGAGGAUGAAGAGGAAGAUGAGGAAGCAGAAGAAGAGCAGGAGGAACAAGCAGAUGAGGAAGAGGAAGCAGUAAGCACUGAAGAAGUUGAAGAAGAAGAGGAGGAGGAAGAAGAGUUAGCUGAAGAUGAGGAAGCAGAAGAAGAAGGUGAGGAGGAGGAAGAAGAAGCUGUAAGCGCUGAAAAAGUUGAAGAAGGGGAGGAAGAGGAGGAAGAAGCACUAGAAUCUGAAGAAGAUGAGGAAGAGGAGCUAGAAGGAGACAUCCAAGAGAAGGAGGACGAAAAGGAGAAGGAAGGAGAGGAAGAGGAGGAGGAUGAAGGAGCUGAACUGGAGGAAGCUGGAGAACCUGAAGAGGAGGAAGAUGAUGAAGCUCCUCCAUCAGCUGCAGUAGAGGCUGAGGAUGAUGAAGAGGAGGCAGGAGAAGAAGAUGAAAAAGAAAUGAAGGCAGAUGCUGCUGAUGAAGAGGAGGAUGAUGAAGAAGAAGCUGCAGCUGCUGAUGAAGAGAAGGAGGAUGAAGAAGAAGAAGCUGUAGCUGUUGAUGAAGAGGAAGAGGCUUCUGAUGAAGCUGCACCUGUUGAUAAAGAGGAGGAUGCCUCUGAUGAAGAGGAGGAUGCCUUUGAUGAAGAGGAGGAGGCCUCUGAUGAAGCUGCUGAUGAAGAGGAGGAGGCGUCUCCUGAACCCGUCUCCACCUCAGAUGAUGACGAGGCGUCUCUGUCUCCUGAUUCCGACGUUCCCGUCGUCGUCAUAGAUGGCGAUGAAGACUCGCCGCUGCCUGACGAUGAUGAUGACGUUAAAGAUGAAGAGGAUGACAGCAGUGACGUUGCGUUUGUGGAUUCCUCAGAAAUCAGUGACUCAGCACUUCUGUCCAGUGAGGAAGACGAUGAAGAUGACAGACUAGCAGCGACGUCAGACAGCGAUGAUGUCAUCGCAGAGGACACUGAGGAAGACUUGGAUCUAGAUCUUCCUCACAUAGCAGUUUCUAGUGACGAAGAUCUUAAAGUUAAAGAUGAGGAAGAUCUUUCUCCUCUACCACCUGUCGAUGAUGAUGAUGAUGAUGAUGACAACGUAAAGGUUUCUGAGGAAGAUGAAGAUGAUCUGGACCAAUCAGACGACGUUUCUGUGGCUUCCUCUGAACUGUUUGCAGAUGAUGAAGAUGAAGGUAAAGAUGAAGACCUUGAUAAGGACGACCUCAUUGACCUUGAGGUUGAUGAAGAUGAAGAUCUUAUCAAACCUUUACAGGAGGAAGAACAAGAAGUAGCAGAGGAGGAAGAGGAAGAGGAAGAGGCGGACGUUCUUCCUUUGGUCAGCUCAGACAGUGGAGUGUUGGGCGACGAAGAUGACGACGAUGAUGAAGAUCUUGAUGAGGACUCUCUGAGUGAUGAUGAAGAUGAAACCGAGGAAGACGAUGUUGAGACGAGCUUCGAUGAUGAAGAGGAGAAAGAAGUGAUAGAAACAUUGGUUGGCACAGAGGAAGACAUUGAUGAAGCCGAGGUUGAUGAAGGUGAAGGUGAAGAUGAAGAUGAUGAAGAUGAGGAAGAUGAUGAUGGACUUGAUGACAUCCUGUUGUCAGCCGCCAUUGCAGCAGCGAUCACUGGCCAGGAGGAGGCAGCAAAGACUGCUGUAGAUGAUGAAGAGGCUGAAGCUGAUGAAGACAAGGUGGAGGAAGAUGAAACAGAAGAAGCUGAGACCAGCCAGCCUGCUGCUCCUGAGGAGAAAGAUGAAGAAGAAGAAGAAGCUGAAGAAUCUGUUUCUAAGCCUCAGAAAUCCAUCGACAAAUCCGAAGACAAGGAAGAGGAGUACGAUGAAGACGGAGACGAAGAAAAGGCCACAGUGGAUGUGAUUAAACCUGUGCCUGAGCCAGAGGAGGAAACACCCAAAACAGAACCAGCAGAGUGUCCCUGCCUACAUUCUGCAAAGACACAAGAGACUGUCACCAAGACUGCAGAUAAAAAAGAUGCUCCCAGGAGGGUGUCGGCUGUGCGACGGAAAAAAGAACAGGAAGCUGUGAAGAAGACAGAUGAAAAGCCAAGAAGACAAGCUCUUCCUAGAUUUCCAGCUCUGGAGCCAAAAGCCAGGAGAAUCCGAAGAUUAGCUCCUCUUCUGAAAGCUAAGAUAAAACAGAAGAGCAAGAUGUCAAAAACAGUGAUGGAGACCAAGAAACAGGAAGAGACCACAGAGUCUGCACAGGAAGUCAGUCCCUGCAGACCUGCUCCAGUUUACUGCCCGGCCCCCCCAGGAUGGUACGUUCAUCACAUCGUCACAGACAAUCCGUACCCUCCUCCAACCAUGUCAGCUCCCUCUGCUCCGAUUGUGACCGUUCACCCUCCAGCUUCUCCAUCACAGCCUCCAUAUCAGCAGCCUCCUCCUUCACUAAUGCAGCCGCUCUAUGCUCACUAUCAGCCAUAUCAGCCACCAGUGCAACCUGCAAUGCCACCUCCUGCAGAACCUUCUCCAUCAGUGCAACCAGAACAUCCAGAGGCUCCACAACCGGAACCACCGGUGGAGCCUGAGGCACCGACUCCAGCUAUUGAAGCUCCGCCGGCAGUAGCUGAAGACCAGGAACCAGAGAAAGUUGUGAGAAAAGCUCCCUCAGUGAAGAAAGCUGCAAAGAAAAAAACUAAGGUUGCUGAUUCAGUAAAAGGUAAAGCUCCAAAAAAAGAGAAAACCAAACUUUCUGCUGAGGCUAAAAAAGAGAAGCUUCCAAAGGAGAAAUCCAAACUUCCAGCUGGAGCUAAAAUAGAGAAGCCUGCCAAGGUGAAAUCAAAACUUCCAACAGAAGCCAAAAAAGAGAGGCCUGCAAAAGAGAAAACCAAAUCAAGAAAAGAGCCUGCAGCUGUACAGCAGAAGAGGAAAUCAGCGCCUAAGAGGACAGCGCCGGCUGUCAAGAGCAAAGUCAAAGCAUCCAAAGAUAAGAAAGAACCAGAAUCACGUCCACAGCCUCUGAGACUGAGGACGAGACUGGAAGCUGACAGGAGGACAAACGUGACGGCUAGAGCUGAGCCAAAGAAACCAGUCAGAGUUUCCUUUAAAUCAGAAAAAGCUGCAAAGGCUAAAAAGAAACCAGUCAAGAAAGCUGAAGAUAAAGUCAAACAGCCACCAAAAACUCAGGAGCCUGAGACUGAAGACAAUGUUACAAAGACCGAAAAGAAGAAACCGAGUCAGAAAUACUUCCAGUGCAUCUAUUUCCCAGGAAAACACGCACACUAUCCUUUACGACCUUUCACCCCGGCCAUGUCUCCCGCCAUGUUGUCCCCUGCUGUCCGGUCGAUGCUGGAGCAGCAGAGAGCAGACAGAGCAGCGGGACACUGACCUGACUGACGGACAGAUCUCUAAUUCUGUGACUUCCUUUGUCUGUGAUUAAAACACAGGCAAGAAAACAAAGAGGACAGAUUUUAUUUUUAAUUUAGUGAUUUAUUCAGUGGUUGAGCUGCUGGGGACACUUAUGAAAUGUUCUCAGUCUUUUGCACCCACAGCUAUACUUUCACUGCAAUACAUUGUGACUAAGUUUAAGAUUUUCUUUGCAAAUACAUACAUUUUCAAUCAACCCUUUGUUUUUUUAUAUAAUUAUAACCACAGGGAAUUUCAAAGCUGACAGUUUUUACCUUUUUCUGCUCCACUACUAAAUGUCACAGCAGUGACCUGCGCUGCCCCUGUUCACCACAGAUCACCUGUGGGUGCAAGAGAUUAGCAUGCUAACAGUGAAGACUCCAAACCCAGAGGCUCCCACUUUUAUCCCAGCAGCAACCCGUCUCCAGACAUCCAGCAGUAAAAUCCAGCUGCAUGGUAAUAAAAACUGAGAGGCUCUCUAUCAGAGAACAGGAUGAUGUCCUGGUUUAACCUUUAAAUAUUUAACUUACAGGCAUUUCUCCUUUUAUAGUUCAAAUCCCAGAAAACAAGCCAAUUUCUUCCCUUUUUAUGCCAUCAAGUAAGACCCAACUGCAGCGCAAAAAGUUAGGUUUUACAAACAAAUGCAUAUUUUUUUAAAAAUAAAAAUAAAAUAUAUAAAACUAAUUUUAAAAAAGUAUAUUAAAGAGAGCAACUAAACUAGAAAAACAAAAGUUACUGUACAAAACAAAUUAUGGCAAAAAUGAAAAGCAGUGCAAUUUAAAUAUGUGGAAUUAGAACUUUGCAAUGUGGAGAUUUCUGCUUACUUAACAGUGUGAGUCAAAAUAAACAAUAAUAUUAAGAAAAUUGGUAGUUAUUUAUAUAUGUUAUCAGUAAAAUUGGAGAUUGGAUAAAGAAUUAAAUGUAGACAACAUCUGAAUUAUUCAUCAUUAAUAUUUUAGAUUAAAAAGAACCUUGAAAUAAUUAUAUUUCUAUUAUGCAUAAAAAAUACACUGAAUUACUUUUUAAAAAUCCAUAUUUUAUUCGGUUAUUGGAACCUUUUACCUCAAUGUUUUGAUUAAAUUGUGGCACUUUCAGGCCUCCGUAGCCAACGGUGGAGAAGCUGCAGGAGGUUUAACGUGAUGCGUUUGGAGACGGGGAAACUGCAGGACAACUUAGACGUGACCAACUGAAGCGACGUUGUGAUUGAAUGUAGUUUUAUCAGCCUGUGAACCGGGCCCGAUGCACCGUCGCUUUUUUACCUCGAUUCUUCUCGGUUCUGGUGAUGUGACUCAGCAACAAGUUCACCGUUAUGGUUUUAUGACUUACUGAGCGCUGCCAGGCAUUUCCUUCUGUUGUCUUAUUGAAUAGAAAUCUAUGCUACUGUAAAGGAACCAAAAGGGAGUUUCUACUCCCACGAUGUUUCACUCCUGAUGGUUCUGUGCACAUGAUUAUUAUCAAAGAAUGUGGAAAUUAAAUAGUUUAUGUGACAGAAUAGUCCAGUUUACUCGUACUGCUGCAAAAGGACUAAAUAAAGCAGUUUGACAUGUGGGACUGAAUGCGGAUAAGCUGUGCCGAAUUAGCUGAUCUUUCUGAAAUGUCAACAAUACAAAUAAAGCAGAGAAAACUAUUAAAAUGCAGAGUUUAGUUUUGUAAACCUGCAGAGAACUUAUGUCAUCUAAAACAGUGAAUCCCCGACAAUUUAGAGUUUUCUGAGGAAUGCAACUCCAAACUAUUCACAGAAAAUUCACAGAUUCAAGGAUUCAUUUCUUACAGCGUUUCUAAAAUAUUUGAAAGAAAAUGCAGGUUAGGAAGCUGAAAUAUUUUGACACAAUCCUACUGGUCGUUCGCAAAGCAGCCGAUCCAGAGAUGUGCCAUUUAAUUUUCUUGGCACUGACCGGCUGACCAGAGAUAAAGGAGACUGGAUAAGUGCUAAGACAUUAUCCUCUGUGCACAUUAAUGAAUAUUAAGGUAUAUUUGGUGUUUGAACAAUGAAAAAUAUGCAGUUAUAAGAGUAAUAACAGGCAGGCUCAAGUAAUUUUGCUGCUUGUUGGUGACUUUGGUCCCUAACUCAUAAAUACUGGGGAUCCACUGUAGAAUUACCAAAGACUCUACAGUGAGAUUCGUGGACAAUGUGGACAUUUCUGACAAGUUUUCCAAAGCAGCUCAAAUGUGUAAUUCUUUGUUAUUUUUGAGUUUGCCGAUUACCAGUUUGCGUAAACUUCCUCAGAAAGUUUGGGUGGGAAGUAUUAUUUUAAUUCUGCCAAACAUCUGGUUUUGGUUUGUUUGAUGCUUUUAACCCUCAGGUUUGUUGAAAACUUUGGAGUCCAAAUCUAAAAUGGGUUCAAGAAAACUCUGGUCUCAGUUCUUUACAGGACUGGACUGAUUACAGUGAAUGUGUUUGUCGGAAUGGCCUUAAAUCGCACCUGUUAGCCAGGUGUUAACCUUCAGUUUGUUGUAAAUGUUGUGUUUGCAGCUUAUAUUUGUGUUAUUUACAUUAACACACAGUAUUUACAUUGUACAGCUGCAGGUAUAUGUAUUUUUAUUUAAUUAUUACUGUAGAUUAAUGUCAGUGAUGAAAGGACAGACUAUGAUGUCAUAAAAACAAACAGAAGGAGCAGACGUCAGUGCAAUCUGAUGUAAAUAUCAUGUUUGGUGGGAAACUUAGUUGAAGCUUGAAUAUAUUACAGGUUUUAAAUUCAUGUUUGAUUUUGUUAAGGUGAGUUGACUUUUUAUGCAUGUUGUUACAUUUUAUCACAAUACUUUGCCUUGACGUUUUUGUUUUAUUCCUUCUUUCUUUUAUUUCACUGUUAGUUUUUCAUCUGCAGAGGAAUGAGCAUUUAUUGAUCUUAAACCUCAGACAAAAAAAUGUUUGUUGGCAUUUUUCCAACUGUGAGCAGAAUAAAAGCAGUAAGAAAU